UAGUCAGUUAGGAGUAUUGAGACACAUCCUGUAACUUCCUCUUGGACAGUAACGGAGCGCAACAGUUCACCACUCGCGUCACUGUGAUGGAGGAGCCGGUGUAAAGCAACUACAUUUUCUCUUGCUCGGUCAGUUGUCGGGAUUUUGUGAAUACGGAAAUAUAUUUUUAAAUUGAAGUGGCAUUUAAAGGAAGGGAUGUACAGUUUCUAAAUGUACAAGGACAACCCUGUAAAGUAACCAGUGUCCUCUGUGGUGACCCCUUCAGGCUUCAUUAUGGGCUGUGUGGGGACAAAGCCUGAGCAAGAUAGUGGCAAGUCGAUGGGCAACGAUGACUGUCGCAACAAGACACCACAUUAUGUGAAAGACCCCACGACUGGGACCAAAGCUAACAGAAGCAACUCCAACCUGGCUAAUUUUGUCACAGACAGUUCAGAUAAAAUUGCCAUCGCUCUGUAUGAUUAUGAAGCUAUGCAUGAAGGUGAUUUGGGCUUUAAGAAGGGAGAACGACUCAAAAUCUUGCAAGAGUCAGGUGAGUGGUGGAAAGCUGCAUCUAUUAGCAGUGGUCUGGAGGGCUUUAUCCCCAGUAACUAUGUUGCCAAAGAUACUCUGGAAACUGAAGAAUGGUUUUUUAAAGGUGUCAGCAGAAAGGAUGCAGAGAGACAGCUGUUGGCCUCUGGAAACAAAAUAGGAUCCUUUAUGAUACGAGACAGUGAGACCACCCAGGGAAGCUACUCCUUAUCUGUCAGAGACUGUGACCCACAAGCAGGAGAUACAGUGAAGCAUUAUAAGAUCCGUACGCUGGAUAAUGGCGGUUUCUACAUCUCUCCCCGUAUCACAUUUAGCACUCUGCAGGAUCUCAUCAGCCACUACAAGAAGCAAAGUGAUGGGCUGUGUCAGGCUCUUACAAUUCCUUGUCUCAGUCCCAAACCACAGAAACCUUGGGAGAAAGAUGCCUGGGAGAUCCCACGUGAGUCCCUCAAACUGGAUAAACGCCUGGGUGCAGGCCAGUUUGGCGAGGUCUGGAUGGCAACAUACAACAAGCACACAAAAGUGGCAGUGAAGACUAUGAAGCCAGGCAGUAUGUCUGUGGAGGCCUUCCUCAUGGAGGCUAACUUAAUGAAAUCCAUCCAGCAUGACAAACUGGUCCGUCUCAAUGCUGUGGUCACCAAGGAGGAGCCCAUAUACAUCAUUACAGAGUACAUGGAGAAAGGUAGUUUACUGGAUUUCCUUAAAAGCGAUGAAGGAAAUCGUGUCCAGUUGCCUAAACUGAUUGACUUUUCAGCACAGACAGCAGAAGGCAUGGCUUACAUUGAGCAUAGGAACUAUAUUCACAGAGACCUUCGUGCUGCCAACAUCCUGGUCAAUAAGAGUUUAGUGUGUAAGAUUGCUGACUUUGGUCUGGCCCGUAUCAUAGAGGACAACGAAUACACUGCCAGAGAAGGUGCCAAGUUCCCAAUAAAGUGGACUGCUCCAGAGGCCAUAAACUAUGGUUCCUUCACCAUCAAAUCAGACGUAUGGUCUUUCGGCAUUCUGUUGACCGAAAUCAUUAGUUAUGGUCGCACACCAUACCCAGGUAUGACAAACCCAGAAGUGAUCCGCGCUCUGGAGAGAGGUUACCGCAUGCAGCGUCUCGACUCCUGCCCUCAAGAGCUCUAUGACAUCAUGUUGGAGUGCUGGAAGAACAAGCCAGAGGAUAGACCCACCUUUGAGUACCUGCAGAGUGUACUAGAGGACUUUUAUACUGCCACUGAGAGCCAAUAUCAGCAACAGCCCUGAGACACAUUCUCACACACGGAGACCUUGACAUGACAUCUUGCACAAAUGGAUUGUACCAGGAACUCUUAAGAAAUCUCACACAUAAUUAUCUUAGACAUGCCAUCUUAUGUUGAUUUUAUAUAUGUAGUGAUAUAAAAUGUGUUGCAGUGUGUUAUUUAAAUGACAUUUAACGGAGUACAUUUUUUUAAAAGAGUACAAUAGCAGUUUUAUUCCUAUCAAGCACAGCCUUUUGUCUUCGACUUUGAGUGUUGCACAACACAGGUGCCAUACAAAGUUAUAACUUGUAUAAUGCAGGGUUCCCGCGGAUCCUUGAAGUCUUUAAAUGUCUUAAAUUCAGUUUUCCAAAAUUUAAGGUCAUAAAAAGUCUUAAAUAUCGUAAAUGAUACUACAAAAUUCUUAUUUGUCAUUUAAUCAUGUCUUAAAUUUGGGAUCGGAAAGACAGGAAUCGUGAUAAGACCUAAUGUGAUUAUCAAACUUGAAAAUGAUUUAAUUAAAUAAAUCCCUGUCCUGCAUCCGUAAACGUGGCACUUGUAUUUUUCUCCAAGCACACGUUGCAAAGCAGUUCCCAAUCAUUAAGCCAUAUCGGAAAUUUAUGACAAGCAAUCACUAAUAAUCAAAUGUUGAUGAUGAUGAUAUAAUGUUGAUGAAAUUUGACAAUGUUUACUUAUAAUUGUUUAUAUUGUAAUAUGUUAUAGAGCACAUUUAUUUCCCUUAUAUGAUUAAAUGAGCUGUUGGAAGCAGUGAAGCGCAAACAUUUCAAAAUAAGAGUCCCCGGUGUAUUUAAGCUCUUAAAGUUAAAAGUUCUACACUAUGAAUAAAAUGUCCCCCGAUAUGGGAAUACAGUAUUAAUUUUAUUUGAUCAGGUCUUGACAAAGGUCUUAAAAAGCCUUAAAUCUGUCUCCUUUACAACCUCUUUUCAGAUAUUUAUUUGUGAAAGUUCAAUGUCACAAGAACUGUAUUUUAGAGCUAAAGAUUUGUGGUUGUAUUGAAAAUGUGAGCAAACAUUAAGAGCAUUAAAAUUAAAUGUAAUGUGGAUUGUUUGUGAUCAAAAUAGCGGAGAUGAAUUCUAAAACGUCAACCUACAUUAGGUUUCAAAAAUGUUAAAGGAGUUUAAGAGCUUUUCUAAAAAGCUUUUUAGUAAAAAAAAAAAAAAAAGAAAAAAAAGAGUAAGGUUGAUAAAGGUAUAAAUAUCCAUUUUACAAAGGAAAGUUUAAACUUUAUUUUAUGGGUUCUGUGAUAAAUUAUGUUUCUUUGAAAGAAAAAAAAUGAAUGAACGCGGAUGGUGACUGAGACUAACAUACUGCCUAACUUUUGUGAUCCACAGUAAAAAAAAAUGAAAGUGAUAUGGGUUUGGCACAACAUUAGGGUGAGUAAAUGUUGACAAUUUCAUUUUUGGGGGAGCUAUAUUUUCUUAUAUUGUAAUGUAUUGCAUUUGUAAGUUUUUGCUUGCUUUUUAAGGUUUAUUUGGUACUUCUAUAAACCUAAUGCUAUUUAUCCAUUGAUAGUUGUAUUUAAGUAUUUGUAUAUCUUGGAUUUGGUUUAUAUUUGGCUGGAAUUUUGUACAGAAUUGUGACAUUCUUUUAUAUUCCAUUUUAAUUUCCUGCCAUCUGAUUUUUGAGGAACCAUUAACAUUAUUCCAAUCUCUGUAACAUGAUUUGUGUUGAUUAUACAGUUUAGAAUAAUUAAGAAGUUUUUACUCCAAAUAGUGGCCUUUUAAAUCUGCACAAUGACACCAGUUGUAUCUUUUGUAUAUAUUGUUACUAUUAGAUCAGAAACAAAUAAAUCUUGUUAAAUAUUAAGCCUAGUGUGGAAGACAAACUGUUUUUUUUUUUUUUUUUAGAUUAUAAAGCUGAAAUAUGUCUUUUCUGUGACACCAGUGCCACUGAAUGGAAUUGCAAAAAUAAACAAUGUUA